ACGUCGCCAACAGAGAAAGCAGCAGCAGCAGCAGCACCGCCCCCAAACGCCAAUGAACGCAAAAUCAGCACAAGGACGUGCCGCCGCCGAACGAUGACCAGGAAAAAUCGAUAAAAGCACAGGCAAACGGACAAGACAACGGCCGGAAGUGCAUUUUGUGCGUGCGUGUGUGUGUGUGUGAGUGUUGGGCGUAAUAGAAACAGUAAAAAACGAGCAGCAUGUUGGGGAAAUUGUGCAAGAAAAAUAUGUAGUUUUUGUGCUAACACGAAACUCAAAGGAAAGGCGACACAAAAUGGUGGGCAAAGGUUCGAGCGGCCUGUCCGUCGAUAUGAGCACAGGGACAAAGGAACGCCCUGUUUUCAUACCACCGCGAAAGCGUCAACAAACAAAAACUGAGGCCAAGAAGCAAAACUAUGUGGACCAUAUAGUCAGUGUGCAGCAAAAUCGACCCAAGCUGUCGCCCUCGAAUCCCACCCUCGAGGAGGAGCUGCUAAAGUCUAAGUUGAUUAUCAAGAACAAGCAGCCACUGCCACAGCUGCCGGGGGAGUUGGGUGUGCCGAAUGCCCAGGAUACGAUUGCCAGCACCCACUCGGCCAGCUCCACGCAGCAUAGCAAUAAGUCGGCCCGCUCUACGACCAACAUCAAUGAGCUGCAGAACUUCGAGUCGAUCUCACAGGGCACCAAGUCCACAUCGCAGCGGCAUGAGAGCAGCACAGUGACGCCCAGCAGCUGCUGCUACUCGGAGAGCAGCCUGGACGCCAAAAUAAGCAAGAGCCACGAUUGCCUCAGCAAUCGGUCGUCGUCGAAGAAGAGGGUCAACAUACGGACCGCAGAUCUGCCCGUGACGGCACGGAAUCAACGCUCAUCGCCGGACAUAGCCAACUACGAGGAUCUGGAAUCGGGGGAGACCAGUGUCCUGAAUACGUACGAUCAUAGCCUGGAGCGGUAUCAGGCACGGAAGGCAGCCGACGGCGGCAACUAUCUGACCAUGACGGGCACCAUCAAGCGCGGCAGGAAGAAGGGCCAGUCCAUUGAUCUGCAGAUCAACAUAAGUCGCGAGGAGCUGGAGCAACUGAAUGCCCAUGCCAUGGCCAAUGAGUCGCAGAAGGGUCGCAGCCUCUGCUGCACCUGCAGCUGUGCCAUCGGGCUGCACAUCUUCCUCAUCUCUCUGCUCUGCCUGCCGUUUGUAACGAUUAUUUCGGCGGUGUACUCCUUCUACAUUGGCACCCUCACCUGGUACAACAUGUUCAACUAUUACUGUGAGGAGAAGUCGUAUCUGCACAAGAUCUUCGUCACACCGCUGCUCUUCUUGGCCUAUCCGCUGGCCAUAGUUCUGUGCACCUUUGGCUUGGGCCUUUACUCCGGUUUCCGGCAGUUGAGUCUGCAGUACAGCAGCUGGGUGAACGACAUCACGGACAUUGAGAAGGGAUUCUAUGGCUGGCUGUGUGGAUUCCUCCACAUGCCCGACUGUAGUCCCUACGAGGUGGUCAUACUAACCGAUAUCUGUGUGGCGCCGCAGGAUCCACAGCGUCUGCACAUAAACAAGCCCCGCCAAGAGUUAUCCAUGUAGAGGGGGAAAUCGUCGAAUGAGGGGUGCCAGUAAACGGUUUAAUUUAUAGGAUUUACUGGACCAGCGGCGGCGGUUUCGAUAUUUCGACCAUGAGUGUGAUAUAAAAAACGUAAAAAGAAAUGAUAUAUCUCUGAAAAUCUACUCGUACGAGACACAAACUUAAGUUUCCUUUGGCCAAAUUUGUUCCUUUUACUUGAAUGCAAUUGCAGCUUUAGAGAACAGGAAUAUAUAGGUAUAUACACCACAUACCCCAUAGAUAUCAAAGCUAAACCAAACAUAAUCCAAGCCCUAUAGAGACUAGCAUUUAAGUUACUAGAAAAACAUCUAACACUCGCACAGAAACAAACAACAACCUCUCAAGUUUUCGGUGCCAUAUAGCCUUGCAAAUCAACAAUAAUCUCCCAUAUAGAAUAUAAUUAAUUGUUUUCCGAAUGAAUUGCUCAAAAAAAUGGUUAGUGUCAUUCUGAACAGGUGUUAAUUGAUUUACAAAAUUUACUAACAAUAACUAUAACUACUAUUAUCUCGUGUUUAACGAACUGUAAACUAAUUUCCCCACCCCCAUUAAAAAGCAGCGCUUUUUCGAAUUAAGUUACUAUUUUUAGUACAAAAACAAUAUAAUUACAGAGUCGAUAUAUUAUCUUUAUAAUGAUAUAGAAAGAUUACCCUGGGCGAUAAAAUGAAAACCUUUGAAUGUACUUUCCGCGAGACAAAAAUUAGGUAUAUAUGUAUAGGUAUAUAGAUCACUUUGUUAUACUUAGAUUUAGCAAU